AUGGCUACUGACGAUAGAAAGCAAAGUGGUACUGCAAGAUUGUUAGGUUCUGCGUCUGCAGGUAUCCUAGAAAUCGGUGUAUUCCACCCCGUGGACACCAUAUCAAAAAGAUUAAUGUCGAAUCAUACAAAAGUUACAAAUCUAUCUAAAUUAAACUCAGUUAUAUUCCGUGAAUAUGCAGAUAUCAAUUUCAUGAAAAGAGUUUUCACUUUGUUUCCUGGAUUAGGGUACGCUGCUUCAUACAAAGUGUUACAACGUGUCUAUAAAUAUGGUGGUCAACCGUUUGUCAAUGAAUAUUUGAAUAGGAACUUUGAAAACGACUUCAAUGCUGCAUUUGGACAAAAGACCGGUAAGGCCAUGAGAUCCGCAACUGCGGGUUCUCUCAUUGGUAUUGGUGAAAUUGUUUUAUUACCUUUGGAUGUGCUUAAGAUUAAGAGACAAACCAAUCCAGAUGCUUUCAAAGGAAGAAAUUUCGUUAAGAUUCUAAAAGAAGAAGGCUUGGGUAACUUGUAUAAAGGAUGGGGCUGGACUGCUGCAAGAAAUGCACCUGGUUCAUUCGCUUUGUUCGGUGGUAAUGCUUUUGCUAAGGAAUAUGUCUUAGGUUUGAAGGACUACACACAAGCUACAUGGACGCAAAAUUUUAUCUCAUCGAUCUUUGGCGCAUCAGCAUCAUUAAUUAUCUCUGCACCAUUAGAUGUCAUCAAGACAAGAAUUCAAAAUAAAAAUUUCAAUAGUAGUGAAAGUGGAUGGAAAAUUGUACAAAAUACGCUCAAAUCAGAAGGAAUAACAGCAUUCUUCAAAGGAUUGACCCCCAAGCUAUUAAUCACAGGACCCAAGCUAGUCUUUUCGUUUGCAGUGGCUCAGUCAUUAAUUCCAAAAUUUGAUGAGCUGCUACAGAAAAAGUAG